GAAAAUGUGUCACUUAAAUCCUACAUUAAGCAUCGCGAAACUAAGCGAAAACUUCCUGUUAGCAUUGAUCGAUGGAAAAAUUAUAGUUUAUGAAGUACCCCUCUCACCCCAUGGAGCGAUAGCAGGCAAAAUUGCAGUCUUGAUACAUUCCUGGAAUAAUCAAUUAGUUGGCGCAAGUGUAGAGGAUCGUAUUGUUGGAAGGAUUGAGACUAUUCCUAGCUUGCAUGGUCUUUCGACAGGUUGUUUUUCUUCACGAACAACCAUUCAAAUUUAUAUUGCGAUCAAAUUAUUUUUCAAGCGUCAGGAUGGUGCAAAGAUUUUCUUACAAAUUCUGUUGAUAUUCCACUUCUCAACAACUGCAUGCAAUGCUCCUGGUAUUCCAAAUUAUCAAUUGCAUAUCCCUGCCGGUGAACUUUUUAAUGGUUCUCUUAGUGGCGUUCCAGCUGGAACAAUUACUUGGAUUUAUGGGAAUUACAAAAUAUAA